AUGUCCACUAAGCUCCAUCGAAGUAUUCUCAUCACAGGCGGAACCGCUAAUCUCGGAUAUCAAUGUACGAUCAACCUUGCUCGAAAGUACCCCGACUAUCAAAUCGUCAUAGCAUCGCGAUCCAACCCAAACUCUUCUGCAGAAAGCAUAAAUCGUUUACUGGGACAGAAGAAUGUCGAAUUCCUACCGCUUGAUCUCUCUAGCCUUGCCCAAGUACGGACCUUUGUUGUCCAGUGGGAGGUAGGUCAAUUCCUUCCAAUUUAUUCCCUAGUCUUCAACGCCGCACUACAAUUCCCCGGAGAUGUGCAGUAUACCGACGAUGGAUUUGAAAAGACUUUUGCCAUUAGUCAUAUCGGCCACGCUCUUCUUUUCUCACUUCUGCGACCCCAUUUAGCCGACACGGCGAGGGUGGCCAUUGUUAGCAGCGGGACUCAUGAUCCAGCUCAAAAGACUGGUCUGCCGGAUGCCUACUACUCCUCCGCAGAGGAGCUGGCCCACCCAAAGGGUGAUGCCCUGAAGACGAAUGGCCGUCAACGUUAUGCGACGACCAAAUUGACCAACGUGCUAUACAGCUAUGCGCUCCACCGACGGUUCGAAGCUAUCAACAAGAAGACAGGGAAACAUUGGACUGUUGCUGCCAUAGAUCCGGGGCUUAUGCCUGGUACUGGACUCGCACGAGAUGCCACUGGCUUCGAGAGAUUCCUUUGGCUGAAAGUACUGCCGAAGAUUAUACCGCUCCUGCGCCUGUUGAUCUCGCCGAAUAUCCAUACCACGGAACACUCCGGAAAGAUGUUAGCUCGAUUAGUGACUGGUUCAGACGAAGAGAUUGGUAGUGGAAAGUACUAUGAAGAAGACAGGCAGAUCAAGUCCAGUGACGCGAGUUACGACCAAGACAAACAGGAAGAUCUGUGGAAGUGGACCAUCAAAACGUUGGCAAAAAAUGACUCGGAGAUGUCUCAAUUCGAUUUGGAAGACUUGUUGUAA